UAUGAGGUGCGGAGGAGGAGUAAGGCGGUCAAGCGUCUCCCAGCCAGGACCGGUGACAUCUUAUCUCCAUUAUUUACCCUCAAAAUGAAGCGAGGCACCGACCGAGACCUAUCCCCAUCAAGCAAGAGAUCGAGAUCAAGUGUUGGGAGGUACGAGGACAGCAGCGAGGACGACGGCCGGCGUAGUAGCCGAGGUGGCAGCCCAGGCCGCCGUUACCCCCCCCCUGAGCCCCUUCACCGCCCAGAUCGUGACGAUUUUAGGGGCCCCAGGGGCCCCUUACCUCCAACCUACAAAGUCCUAUGUGUCUCGAACCUCCACGCCAAAGCUAGCGAUGAGAUGGUGAGAGAGGCGCUGUACAGGGAGUUUAAAAGGUUCGGCGAGGUGAGCGUGAAGGUUUCUUUAGGGGCCGACGAGAGGCUGGCUUAUGUCUACUUCCGGAGCAGCGAGGAAGCCAGGGAAGCCAAGCACAGCAAGCCUAGGAUCCUCUUUUAUGAUCGCCCUGUGAUGGUUGAGCCUAUGUAUGAGGCUGUUAGGGAGUAUGGGCUCCCCCGGGGGCGGUCUCGUAGCCCCUCGGAUUAUGAUCGGGGGUAUAGGCCUAGGAGCCCCCCGGGCCCGGAGCUGGAUGAUCGGUAUGAGGCUAGGUUUGAUAGGCGUAGGCCUCCGCCGCUCCCCCAUGGGGAUUACUACGGGGAGGGGCCGCCUAUGAGACAGGACGACUACGGUUAUCGACAGCAUCGGGGGCGUGGCGGGCCCCACGGUCACUAUGGGCCCCUGAUGCGAGGCGGCUUCAAGCACAACUUCGGUAACCGUGGUGGCGGUGGCGGAGGCGGCGGGCUUGGCAGCGGCAUGAUCGACAGUAAGAGGGACAAGUUCCCUAAUUAUCUACAUCACGUACCCCCCGAAGAGGACCCGUUAGCAACCCGUACCCUCUUUGCCGGCAACCUGGAGAUAAACAUUAACGAAGAAGAGCUGCGGCGUAUUUUCGGACGAUACGGCGUGGUGGACGAUAUAGAUAUUAAGAGGCCGCCGCCGGGCACGGGUAACGCCUAUGCCUUUGUUAGGUUUCAGAAUUUGGACAUGGCCCAUCGUGCGAAAAUUGAACUUUCUGGGCAAUAUAUUGGCAAAUUUCAGUGUAAAAUUGGUUACGGUAAAGUGAUGCCCACCACUAGGGUAUGGGUCGGUGGGUUAGGACCUUGGACGUCGGUGACCCAACUGACUCAGGAAUUUGAUAGGUUCGGUGCUAUUAAAAAAAUCGAAUAUGUUAAGGGCGAGACUCACGCUUACAUAUUAUACGAAAGUCUCGAUGCUGCCCAAGCAGCCGUGAAGGAAAUGCGCGGCUCGCCACUAGGGGGACCAGACAAGAGGCUACGGACUGAUUUUGCCGAAGUGAACCCUCCCCCAGGGACGUUUCCUCCUGGUUUCAAAAAGGAAUACGAGGGGGAGUACCGUGAAGAAUGGGCCGCGGGUGGCCGUGGUACUAGUUACGAGGAGUACGGGGCUGAGAUAGUGCAGCUUAUGGACGGGGACCGUGGACGUGGGCGUGGCUGGCACGACCGUGGGCGAGGUGGGCAUCGGGGUGGUUAUCAUCCUGAUUACCCACGUGGAGACUACAGGGACUACGAUGGUGCGUCUGAAGGUGGAGACCAUCCUAAUAGAAGUCCCGAACCUGGAGAGGGAGGAGAGAGCAACGGUCUUACCACUGCCCGCACCUUGGCUGACGUUGCCCGUAAGACGCAGACGUCCUCAGGGGCGCUAAUUCUCAAGAAUUCAUCGUUUGGCACGAAGAUGCAUCUUAUCGAAGGCGACAACGAAGUGGCCGAAAUGAUGCAAGACGAAGAAGGUCGGCCGCUGCUACGCAUCACCCAGCGCCUUCGCCUCGAUCAGUCGCGCCUCGACGACGUCAGCCGACGGAUUAGCGCACCAUCUACUGCCACCAUCCUACUUUCCCUGCCCAGUACUACCGCACCUCAAGCUCCCGAGGAAGCCGCUGUCCAGACCAGACCGCUCCGUAACCUGGUGGCCUACCUUAAGCAAAAGGAAGCGGCUGGCGUGAUCACCUUAAAUGCUGCUAAUAAGGAGGGAAGCUUGCAAGGGGUUCUCUAUGCGUUUCCCCCGUGUGCUUUUUCACUAGACCUCUUGCACCGUGUCUCGCCGGGCCUAACGGAGGAAACCACCAGAGACGACCACCUGGUGAUAGUGAUUGUGCGUGGAACAGCGGCUUAAACUGGCGUUAAGAGUAUGCAUUGUUAUAGUGAAGUCAUUAUUGUUAAUAGUGUAAAUUUCCAUGACGUUAAUAAGUUCAAUCUUUGUUUGAACGAGUAUUGCCUUAUAGCAAAAUACGUUCAUUAGAGUACUAUACGACCCAUGCAGUUUUAGUGCUUUCCACGAAUAUAUUAAUACGUUGAUUAGAUCACUCGGAAGAUUUAUUCCAUCACAGAAAAUUGUUGCUUCUGUUUAUACAGAUUUAAUUAACUCUAGUGUUAACUAGUGCAGUAAUUUAAAGGGAAAAUUGUUAAUGUAGGCUAAUACUGCAUCGAGAAAAUUGUUAAUAUCAAAUUUUAAUUGAAAAUAUUUUGCUUAUUGUCUACCAUCAGUCUUGUGUAACGAUUAAUUUUUUUAAAUACAGUGAAAUUGUGUUUCCAAAGUGUUUUAAAUGUGUAUGUGAAGCCUUUCCUUAUUUUUUUUUUCCAGUGUGGUGAAUAUAGUGACGGAAGUGAAGAAUGCGGUGAAUGAGCCGAGUUCUGUUUCCGCUUUCACUUGUGAAGUGAUUUUUUUUUUGAUAGUGAAGUGAAUUAUUCUUGUGGUGAAGGAUAAGCUGUUUGCUUUUCUUGCAGUUAGUUAAGUGCUCUUGAUAACAGUGCUUCUGCACCAGCGCUGUACGGCCCAUACGGGUUUAGUGCUUCUUGAAUCUUUAAUGAUAAACCAGUGCUUUUACAGUGUCAUAUCAAGUGAAGUGCUUUGAGUUCGGUGUUGUGCUUUUUAGCAAGUGAUUUAAUUUUCUCUAGUGUUAUAUUUCCUAGUGAGUUCUGUGAGUGUUAUGAAAGAAGCAUCAAUGCCAUAAUUAGUGAAGUGUUUUUUUUUUAAAAGUGAAGUGGUGUGAAAAAAAAUAGUGAUUUUUGAAGUGCUUCAGUGGUACAUAGUUCGGGCGGGCGGGUAUUGGGGUAGUAACGUUUUUUUUUUUUUUUUUAAUAAUUUAUUCAGUGCAUUAAAUAGCCCAGUGGAUAUUUGUUUUUUCUUGAUAAAUGACGUUCCCCUUUAAGACUUAGGUCACAGUGCCGUGGCUGGAAUAUUUCACAAAUAACCCACGGUCUUGAGGGGGGAUGUAUACGAUUCAGUCUCUCCUAGACCGUUGUUAAAUCCCACUUGUGAUUUUGAAAAUGGUUUAGAAUGGACUGAAUUGACCUUUUAAAAUGUUCCUAUCUAUGGUGUGGGUCAUUUGUGGGUCCAGCCCUUAGUAAUUGAACCAAAAUUUAGUUUUUUGCUUAGAUUAUUUUUGUUUUAUAAUCUUUUUCUUUGAUUAUCAACUUCUUGAGUUAGCCACUAUUAACUUCUUGAAAUCUAUUGAUUUUUGUGAUUCUUUACUGCAAACAUACACAUUCGGUGACUUAUGUAUGCGGUAGAGGACGUUGGAAUUGUCGUUGGAUAUUAAAGAACUUUAAUAUGGCUGUAGAUAAUCAAAGAAUCAGUACAGCUAUAUCAAGGAUUCCCACUUUUCCCCCUUUCAUAAUGAGCUCUGCAUUUCAGUAACGGAUACGGGGCCUCGGAAGUGUCGUUAAUAGCAGAUCUCGAUGUUUUACAGGUACGAAACUGGCUCGUUGGAAUAAAGUCCGUAUACACAGUACAUAAAUUCAGUGAUACAGUGCUACAGAUACUAUAGUGUUUGUGAUUAUCAUUGGACAAUGCAUUGAAAGAACCAUUCACAUUAAUAUCUGCCUUGUGGAUAUGGGCUUCCAUUUUAAAACGGUAUAUUUUAAAUUUAAACUAAAGUGGCAUGCAGCAGUGUUAUUUAAGUGCUUUUGGUGAUUACAGUGAUAACCUAGGGUGAUUGAUUUGAAAAAUCAAAAGUUAGUGGGUUCAGUGAAUUUUACAAAAUCUGUGUCGCAGUGAAUUGGGUUUAAAAGGGCAUUAAAAUACAGUAUAGUGGGGUAUUUGAGUCAAGAGAAAGUACAAAUCAGUGAAUUUGGGUAAGGGUGUAUUGCGAGUACAAUCGUGAUCAGUGAUGUGGGAAGGGGAGGGCGUCUGGAAGUGAAAUUAAAAUUUGUGCUGGGGAACGUAAAUUUAUUUGCUGGGCCAAUACUGAAAGUAAAUAAUUUCAAGGGAAAACAAUGCAUCUUAGUGGUUACGGGGAAGUGCAGAAAAUUGGCUCUUAAUAUGGGAAAAGAAAAUUUCCUUGAGUUAGCCUAGUCAAGUAUAUAAAAUCAGAGUACAUACAAACUGUGAAAAAUCAUACGGAAGUUGGCUUUAGCUGAAACUAGAAGUUUCAGCUACGGGUGGAUUCACCUUCCUAGUGAUUCUUUCGACAGGAAGUGCAGUGCAGUGAAUUCGAAACAUGAACGUGUAUCAGUGCUUCUUUCAUAUAUCUUACUAACCCCGGAGGUGCAGUUUUAAAUAUGAAAGAUAUAUUCACCACAUUAAUCAAAAAAAAAGUUUGUGUCAAGUGAAGUGUUUUUUUUAAGCUCUUCCAGAUAUAAAUGAGGUUAAAAUUAACAUGGAAAUUACUGAUCACUGAAAAGUGUUGUGCAGUUAUAUGUUGUUAUAAGAUGUUUGUGAAAAGUGCAGUGUUGUUCAACAGCAGUGAAAUAGGAUUUAGUGUCUUUAUUCAGUGGUGUAAUAGUGGGUGUGCAGUGUGACACGUGGAGUUCAGUGCCAGUGAAGUGAGACAGUGAGAGUGUAUAAAGUGCAGUGAGUGGUGUUAGUGCAGGGAAAACAGUGCAGUUAUAGUGGCAGUAGUGAUAGUGCAGUGAAACCAUGAAUAGAGUUGUGAUUUCAAGCAGGAAAGCGGUGCAGUUAUAGUAACGGUAGUGAUAGUGCAACCAAACAGUGAAUUAACUGUUGGUUUUGACAGUGCAGUGAUUGUGCAAUGAAGAUGAACAUAAAAAGUUUUCUCAGUGACGUGAUACACUUAACAGUUCUGAUGCAAUUAGAUGUAAUUUCAUAAUGUUAAAGCUUGUAUUCAUAUCAGAAGCAUUAACUCGCAGUAGUUAUAAACAUUGUCUAUAUAAAUGCUCAUCGUUACGAGUAUUGGUAAAGGCAGACUCUUCGCAGAUACAGUACUUCCAUAUUUGUAUGGUAAUAGAACAAAUAAAAUAACAAGCUCCUC